AUGAAUAUUAAAGAAUUAAGCUCAUUUAUCUAAGAGUAUGAUCUUAAACUUACAUAAAAGUUAAUCAAAUACUUAGUGAUAAUUGGAAUAUCAGCUAUGAAAAGUAAAACAUAGGAUAUAUCAAUUGAAACGAUUAAACUUAUUGCAAGUAUUUUUAAAUUUAACAUUUAGGCUCUUGUAAAUAACAAAAGCUAAAGAAAGAAAUGGCUACUUUAAAAGAAAAAGUAAUCAAUAUUUAAUAAUCAAUUACUCCUAGAAUGGGAAAUUGUAAUUUUUCAGAGGAUAAAUAAUUAAGAAUUUCAAAAAGUCCAUUAAUCUAAUCAUAAUAUUCACCUAUUUAGAAGAAAAAAGAAUAGUUUAAUAAUAAGACAAAAAAAGCUAUAUCGGUUUAAGAUUAAGAUUUCAAUUUUUAAUCGUUAAAUUUGAAAAAUAAAAGUAAUCAACUCAGUACAAAAUUGGAAUAAUAAAAUAGAUAACUAUAAUCUUAGUAAGUUAAUUAAAAUUGCUAUUAAUCAUCAAUGAGAAUAAAUUUAGAUCAGAUUGCGAAUAAUUUUCUUAGAUCUCCUUUUAUCCAAAAUCCAUUGACAAUUAGAAAUUAAUCUUAAUAAAAUGAACUUUAAUGUAUAAAUAUUAAUAUUGGUAGAUUUUUUUUAGAAUACAUGGAAAUAAUUUUGA